AGUCUGAGCCUCAGGCACCGGCCGCGCAGCUGGAGGCGGCGGAACCGAAGGUGUAGGGUGGGUCAGCAAAGUCAACCGGCCGCUCUGGAUCAUCUGGGAAUUCAAGAGAGCGGUUGGAGAGAGAUCUGGUGUAUCCACACUGUCUUGUCUUGGGGAAGGCCCCAGAAGUUCCAGGCUCCAUUCCAGGACCUAUGUGGGGCUCAGUUGCCCCUCUUAAGGGGUCAGUGGGACAGUCCCUCUGGGGCUGCCUCCCAUAGAGAGUUAUCCCUGCCAUCUUGGCCUUGGGCCUAGUGUCCUGGCCUGGCCUGGGCUGCCUGCUGUUCGGGCCCAACCGUAGCCUGGAGGGAAGGUCUUCUAAUUGAGCUGGAGGCUCCAGGUCUCUUAACGCAUGCCUCAACCCCGGGCUUCUGUCCUCUGCCUCCUACCACUCUGGUGCCAUCUGAAUUACCCUGCUGGGGGGACAGCAGUGACAUACUCAUGCCUAAGUGACUGGCUUUCACCCUAGUAGUGAUUGCCCUCCAUCAACACUGCCCAUCCCAGGUUGGGGCUACCCCAGCCCAUCUUUACAAAACAGGGCAAGGUGAACUAAUGGAGUGGGUGGAGAAGUUGGAAGAAAUCCUAGCGUCAGUCACCUGGAUAGAAUUCCCGAGAAACCCUCUUUUUGGAGGAUGGUUUCCAUUUCUGGAGGCUAUCUGCCAGCAGGGUGAAUGCCUUCUUGCUUGUCUUCUGGGGAAUCAGAGAGAGUCCGUUUUGUGGUGGGAAGAGUGUGGCUGUGUACUUUGAACUCCUGUAAAUUCUCUGACUCAUGUCCACAAAACCGACAGUUUUGUGAAUGUGUGUGGAGGCAAGGGAAGGGCCACCUAGGAUCUGCUGUUGAAGGGAACAGGCCUGGGGCUGGAGGAUUCGUUUCCUAAAGGGCAGUGUGAGGUGGUGGUGGGGUGUGGGGAGUAGAGGCCUUCAGUCAGCCCAGUUUGACAGGAUGUGGGACUGAGAGAAAAAGCUAGGUUUGAAGCCGAGAUCAGGUUACCGUCGCUUUCUUAACUGCUCCCUGCCUGGUUGGUGCUGGGACUGGCCCUCAUUUGUCUCUUCUUUUGGGACUCCUCCCAACCCAGACUCUAGCCCCCUCCCCCUUCCCAACAGCCUUGACUUCAUCUCAGCUCCAGAGCCCGCCCUCUCUUCCUGCAGCCUGGGAACUUCAGCCGGCUGGAGCCCCACCAUGGCUGCAAUCCGAAAGAAGCUGGUGAUCGUUGGGGAUGGUGCCUGUGGGAAGACCUGCCUCCUCAUCGUCUUCAGCAAGGAUCAGUUUCCGGAGGUCUACGUCCCUACUGUCUUUGAGAACUAUAUUGCGGAUAUUGAGGUGGACGGCAAGCAGGUGGAGCUGGCUCUGUGGGACACAGCAGGGCAGGAAGACUAUGAUCGACUGCGGCCUCUCUCCUACCCGGACACUGACGUCAUCCUCAUGUGCUUCUCCAUCGACAGCCCCGACAGCCUGGAAAACAUUCCUGAGAAGUGGACCCCAGAGGUGAAGCACUUCUGCCCCAACGUGCCCAUCAUCCUGGUGGGGAAUAAGAAGGACCUGAGGCAAGAUGAGCACACCAGGAGAGAGCUGGCCAAGAUGAAGCAGGAGCCCGUUCGGUCUGAGGAAGGCCGGGACAUGGCGAACCGGAUCAGCGCCUUUGGCUACCUUGAGUGCUCAGCCAAGACCAAGGAGGGAGUGCGGGAGGUGUUUGAGAUGGCCACUCGGGCUGGCCUCCAGGUCCGCAAGAACAAGCGCCGGAGGGGCUGUCCCAUUAUCUGAGAUCCCCAAGGCCUUUCCAAACAUGCCCCCUCCCUUCAACAGGGGUACAGAAAUUAUCCCCCUACAACCCCAGCCUCCUUAGGGCUCCAUGCUGAAGGCUCCCCUUUUCCGUUCCCUCCUGCCCAGGACUGCAUUGAGGUUUCCUAGCCCUGAGGUGGUGGGGUGGUGCAGGCCCUCCCUCCCAGUGCUCUGGGAACCAGGCCUAUGCCCUGCCCUUCCUCAGGGCCCCUGGGGCUCUUGCCCCUUUGACCUUUCCCAAAGGAUGGUCACACACCAGCACUUUAUACACUUCUGGCUCACAGGAAAGUAUCUGCAGUAGGGGACCCAGAGUCCCAGGCCCCUGGAGUUGUUUUUGGCAGGGGCCUUGUCUCUCACUGCAUUUGGUCAGGGGGGCAUGAAUAAAGGCUACAGGCUCCAA